AUGAAUAACGAGCAUAACACUGGACAAACAAUAAAACCCGUUCGUCGCUUACGUGUCACAAGUCGACGAAUGAAGUCGACAACGGUCCGCGAUGUCGCGGGAUCAAUUAGUACUUUCAAACGAUUCUAUCAAAGUGGCGGAAGAGAUUACGAGCAAUAUCGUUUAUGGCUUCAAACUUUAGUCAAGUCGAAUCCUCUGGCAACUCCCUCGAACGCAUCCGUCCAGGUAGAUAACAUCAAAGAAGAGCCUAUGGAUAUGAAAAGUAAUGUCGUUAGUAUAUUGCCACCUGUCAUACCAUCAGCACAUUCUCAACAGAGAGUUUCUGUUCCGAAAAUUUCGUACGUGCAAUCGGAAUGUAAUUCGCAACGUUUGUUAUCAUUACCAAUCAACGCGACACUGACUCACGCGAGUAUAUCGUCAUUCGAACCCAAGAUUCAGGUGACACGUGAGCAUUUAGCGACUUCAAUGGCAAUGAACUCGUCGACCUCAUCACUAAACAAUUGGUCUGUCAGUGAUGUGAGUCGAUUCAUUGAAAAACAUUUUCCAGACAAAAAUAUCGCUCGAAAAUUCGUUCAGCAGAAAAUCGAUGGUCGAACUCUUCCACUGUUAACCGAAGACCAUUUAAUUCGUGUCUUCAAAAUGAAACUUGGUCCGGCGUUGCACUUACUCUCACUAAUCGCAACUCUCCGAAUGCAAAACUAA